CAAGUUUCCAAGUUUUAAAAGUCUGACAGUGUGCUGCUUCUUUACCCCACUUCUCUCUUCAUUCAUCUGGAGAUGUCACGCAUCCUCAAAUCCAUCUGGACCUUAAAGAAUGGCAUAGUUCUUUUCUUUACACCUCUAAUACUGCUUCCACUACCACUGUAUGUGGGUACAACGGAGGCCAGCUGUGCUUAUGUGAUCUCACUGAUGGCAGUGUACUGGUGUACAGAAGCUCUCCCACUGGCUGUGACUUCCCUGCUGCCUGCUCUCCUCUUUCCUCUGUUCGGCAUCAUGAAGUCAAAACAGGUAUGCAUUCAGUAUCUAAAGGACACUAAUAUGUUGUUCGUGAGUGGCCUAAUGGUGGCCGUAGCUGUUGAGCACUGGAACCUACACAAACGCAUUGCUCUUCGUGUGCUGCUCCUCGUAGGAGUGCGUCCAGCACUGCUAAUGCUAGGGUUCAUGGGUAUUACAGCCUUCCUCUCCAUGUGGAUCAGUAACACUGCCACCACGGCGAUGAUGGUCCCCAUAGUGCAGGCAGUCCUGGAACAACUGAACAACCAGGAAAUUGAAACAGUCCCGCUGAACUCCAGCAUGGAGCCAAACCAGGCACCAGACACACAAAACAAUGAGUUGGCUAAACAAAAAGAUGGGCAAGCAGUGGUGUUAAGUGGUCUGAACAUGUCAAGUGAGGCUACCAGGCAUAUAGAAGCAGCAGAGAGAAAACAGAUAUGUAAAGGCAUGACAUUGUGUGUGUGCUAUGCUGCCAGCAUCGGGGGAACAGCCACGCUGACAGGCACAGGCCCUAAUCUUGUACUCAAGGGACAAAUGAAUCAACUGUUUCCACAGAAUGGUGACGUCAUCAAUUUUGCAUCCUGGUUCGGCUUUGCGUUUCCAAACAUGAUCCUGAUGCUAGCUUUAGCCUGGCUGUGGCUGCAGUUUCUUUUCAUGGGGUUCAACUUCAGGAAGACAUGGGGCUGCAAGGCAGUGAAGACAGAGAAAGAGAUUGCGGCGUAUAAUGUAAUCAGAGAGCAGCACCGGCUCCUGGGACCCAUGACAUACGGAGAGUUCAGUGUGUUGGCUCUUUUUAUUCUUCUUGUGAUCCUGUGGUUCACCAGGGAUCCCGGAUUUGUGGCUGGCUGGGCCACACACACGUUCAACUCAGAAGCUGAGUAUGUGACGGAUGCCACGGUGGCAGUUCUCAUCGCUGUGCUUCUUUUCAUUCUGCCCUCAACACCACCAACCCUUUGUUGUUGGCCACCUGCUAGUCCUGGUCCAGGUGGGAGACACCUUACUACACCGAAAAUGAUGAAUUAUAAAGUGUUGUGCAUGUCACUCACUCAUAGUUUUGGCUGUUUGUCUCUGGGUAUCCCCAUGCCAGCUCUGCUUACAUGGAAGGUAGCUCAGAGGAAAAUGCCCUGGAACAUAGUUCUGCUCCUUGGGGGAGGAUUUGCACUGGCCAAAGGGAGUGAGGAAUCAGGUUUGUCCAGAUGGAUGGGGAAUCAGUUAACACCUCUGCAUAGUAUUCCUCCUUGGGCCAUUGCCGUUGUCCUCUGUCUUGUGAUAUCCACUUUCACUGAAUGCACCAGCAAUGUGGCCACAGCUACCCUCUUCCUACCGGUUCUGGCUUCUAUGUCACACUCCAUUGGAAUGAACCCCUUGUAUGUCAUGGUGCCCUGCACACUCAGUGCUUCUUUUGCCUUCAUGUUACCCGUGGCAACACCCCCCAAUGCGAUUGUAUUCUCCUAUGGCUACCUCAAGGUUUCGGACAUGGCAAAGGCCGGCAUAAUGAUGAACAUUAUAGGGAUCUUCUGCAUCACACUGGCCAUCAACACCUGGGGAAAGGCAAUGUUCCAUUUGGACUCUUUCCCUACAUGGGCCAACAACACAGGCUUGUGAAAGCCAUGACAGACGCAAGUGAAGAGACCAAGCAAACUGUUCUCCCCAAAUACCAUUACACAAAUCAUGCACCAUGACAGAGCCCAAACGUGGGUUUUUCAUCCUCCAUCUGUAAUGGGCUAGCAAUGUAUUUUGUUUUGUUAUGGUUUUCUACAUCGCCUAUUAUUAACACAAAUGGCCUGAUUCACUAUAUGCCUUUAGGCAUGUUUUCAUCUUCAUUAGAAAUCAAAGUCCAAGUCAUUGAUGCCAAGGUUUGAAUGGUGUUUCCAUAACUAUAAUGCGUAUUUAAGGUAACUAUGGAUUACAUUUGAGAAGAAAACAGUCAUUAAAUUUCAGUCUAUCUGUCACCAGGGAAGUGCAAUUAUAAUUAUGAGUCUUGUGUUUACUAAGUUUUUUUAGACUAAGAUUCAUUUGCCAGCAUAUGCUGUGUAUAAGCACAUGUUUGUUGCUUCUGGUUUUAAUAUUAUUAGGUAUUAUUAGUCAUAUUUAUUGAUACAAAAACAUAGCUUAUAUUUAGUACAGUUCAAUUUGAUAUUUUAUUGUUCACAUUGUUAUAAAGGAUUUAUUGCUUCGAACAUAGUUACAAAUCCCAAUGAGGACACUUUUUCUUGCCAGUUUGAAUGAACCCAGUGCUCAUCUUUGCCAUCAGCAUAUUUUUCUAAGCAGCCUAACUAAAGCAGCCUAAAUACUGACACCAUGGCUUACGACAUUCCAGCAGUAUACGUGUUUGUUUUCCAAAACACUGUGCUAUUUUUAUGUGCUGUAUAAUAUUGUAUACUGUUUUGUAUCAGACAAAUAAAGUCUGUAGGGUAUUUAUUUUGUAUAGUAGACCCUACCAAGGUCUCAGCUUGGGAGAAUGUGACCUGUGUCAACAGGGUUAGUAUGUUUGUUAAAAGAAAAGAAAAGAAAAGAAAAGAAAAGAAAAGAAAAGAAAAGAAAAAAUGAAAUUGAAAUUUGAUUUUAAGUUUUGUAAAUUUUUGUCAAGUUUGAGUUUAUCUAUCAAAACCUUGUGUUUAAUCACAAAAAAACAAACAUAUUGAGUCUUAAAAGAAAAGAAUCACUUAAUAAAUAAAAUCUAUAGCAAUAAAAUCUAGUUUAUUGACUGGCACUUUAAAGUGAUGCAGUAAGUUAGGGUAUAUAAAAGAAAAAUGGAUUUCCAUUUCUGUAGCAAGAUCUUGAAUAAAAACAGACAAUAACA